AUGGAAAAACUACGUAAAAUCAAAACCACGUUUUUGAAGUUUAUGUCAAAACAACCAGUGUCCAUAUCUUUAGUAACAUUUCAGAAUCCGACUCUUAGUCCAUGUCGAUCGCCUAUGACACAUGUUGUCUCAUUAUUUCCUAAGGAAGCUAGAAGAAAGCAGAAACGAGGAAUUAGUUUUAGUCCAAAAGAACCUACUUCUCCUAAAGUCUCGUGCAUCGGUCAAGUUAACCGCAAGAAGAAGAAGAUGAAGGAGAAGGAAAAGAACUUGCGUAAAGAGAUUGUUUCAAACAAAAAGAAUGAUUCUGUUCGGGGAUCUGAAAAGAAAGUUGUGGUUUGGAUUUCUAAGGGAAGUUGCGAGGGAAGGAAACGUGGCGGGGAAGAAAAGGCAUCGGCUGUGGUUAGUAGUGUUCCUCCGUCGUUGGAUGCUAUGAAGAAAUUUACUAGUGGGAGAGGAUCUUUGUAUGAUUUUGAUGCAACACUAUCAGAAAGGUGA